AUGGCAGAAGCUGCAGUGAUAAGUGCAACUGUAAAGGCCCUUUUGCAACCUCCAUUAGAGAAGGCCGUAGCCCUCAUUUCUGAACAGCUGAAUCUUUCAUGGGGUUUCAAGAAAGACUUGAAAAGGCUGAGAAGAUCACUGAUCAUAAUUCAAGCCUUCUUGCUUGAUGCACAGACACCUGCAGUCAGAGGUGAGGCCCUCAAGCUCUGGUUGCAGAGCCUUGAAGAUGUUGCUUUUGAUGCCGAUGAUGUCUUGGAUGAGUUCAGCUACGAAAUGCUCAGACUGAAGGUUAAGAAAACUUCUAGCCGAGGAAAGAAAAAGGUAAGCUUCUUCUUCUCUCUGUCGCAAAAUUCAAUACUGUUUCAUUGGAAAAUGGUUCCUAAAGUUCAAGAAGUGACUGUAAACUUAAAAUUGCUGAACGAAGAAGCAAGUAGCUUUGGCCUCCAAGCUCAAAUGGAAUGUUCAAGUACAACUAAGACUAGCUUUCCUAUUUGUGCUGAUAAUAGAAUUGGAAUAAGAAGAGAGACUGACUCUGCAACUUGUGAUCCAAUAAUGGUUGGAAGAGAUGAGAAUUUAUUGGAAAUAGUUAGUAAGUUAUUGAGUCCAACUGACGAGGUUGUUUCAGUUGUACCACUGGUGGGCAUGGGAGGGAUAGGGAAGACAACCCUAGCUCGGCUUGUUUUCAAUAAUAAACGUGUUAAGAGGCAUUUUGAUAAGAGAAUUUGGGUUUGCGUGUCUGAAACAUUUGAUGCCAUCAGGCUGUUUCGAUUAAUUCUAGAAUCAUUGACACGGAAAAAUGUUGAGGUAGGGAGUAGGGAUGUGAUAAUUCAAGAAAUUCAAAAGGAAUUGGGAGGUCGGAGAUAUCUGCUUGUCCUAGAUGAUGUGUGGAAUGAGAUCCCUGCGGUGUGGGAUGAUUUCAUGGGGUCUUUGUCAGGAGUUAACCAAAAUAAGGGCAAUCACAUUAUUGUGACAACUCGAAAGCAACAGGCUGCAUCCUUCAUAGCAAAUCAUCCUCUACUUGUCUUGGGGAAAUUAUCAAGUGAUGAGUGUUGGUCCAUCAUAAAAGAAAAAGCAUCUUUGGGCCGAGUAAUACCUUUUGAAUUGGAAGACAUAGGGAGGAAGAUUGCUGAAAAAUGUCAAGGUUUGCCAUUAGCUGCAAGCAUAAUUGGUGGCAUGCUAAGAAAUAAAGAAAGUGAUGAGUGGCUCUCAAUUCUAGAGAGCAGCCUGUUAGGUUCAAGUGCUAAUGGAAAUAGCAUCUUGCAACUACUUAAAUUGAGCUUUGAUCACUUGCCAUCUCCAUAUUUGCAAAAAUGUUUUGCUUACUGCUCAAUUUUCAGCAAGGAUCAUGACAUUGAAAGGGAACAACUAAUUCAACUCUGGAUGGCAGAGGGAUAUAUUCAACCAAGUGUUGGAAAUGGACCAGAAAAGGAGAACAUGGGCUAUGCCUUUUUUGACAUUUUGCUGAAGAGUUCCUUAUUUCAGGAAGUAAUAUUGGAUGAGUAUUGCAACAUAACACAUUGUAAAAUGCAUGAUCUUGUACAUGAUCUUGCACAAUCUGUUUCCGAUUUUGGAAAAACUGGUGCGGACGGAACUUACAAGAUUCGUUACCUUGCACUGGAAUCAUUUGGAGAAAAGACAUGUCCAAUUAGCAAGGACAAUGCGAGAUAUCUGCGGACAUUGUUCUUGGAAACUAAUACAUUUGAUGAUGUUCCUACUUGCAAGUUCUUGCGUGUUCUUAACUUGAGUUGGGCAGAGAUUGAGCAAUUGCCAACCUCAAUUUGCAGGUUGAUACAUUUACGGUAUCUUGAUCUAUCAAGUACUGCAAUCAAAGGUUUGCCAAUCUCUGUUUGCAAGCUUUACAACUUGGAGACUUUGAGAGUUAAGGAGUGCUAUUCUCUAAGAGAGCUUCCUGAUAAGUUCAGGAAUUUGAUAAGCCUGAGGCAUUUUGAUUUUUCUACAUUCGAUUCCAAGUUCGAAAUGCCACCUAAAAUAGGGCAACUUACUUGUCUUCAAACAUUAAGAUUCUUCAAUGUUGGUCAUGAUAAGGGUCGUCAGAUUGAAGAAUUGGGAUUUCUAAAAAACCUUUCUGGUAGGCUGGUUAUCCGCAAUCUUGAGAGAGUCAAGGACAAAGAAGCAGCCCAAAGGGCAGAUUUGUUUGGAAAGCCAAAUCUAUACAAGUUGGAAUUCGAGUGGAGUUGGGACAGGAAUGGUGUUAUGAAUGACAAGAAUGUGCUGAAAGGUCUCCAGCCUCACCCAAAUUUGAAAAGCUUGACAAUCCGAGAUUUUAUGGGAGAUCGGUUACCUUCAUGGGUUAUGAGAAUGGAAGUUUGUAUUGAUAAUUCAUUCCUGAGACUCAAAAAUUUGAUAGAGGUCAAAUUGUUGCACUGCAGAAACUUGCAGGAAAUCCCAACAUUUGGGCAUCUGCCAUUUCUUGAGCGUCUUGUACUAGAUGGACUACAUAAGAUAACAAGCAUUAGAUCUUCAUUCUACAACAAUGGUGCUUCUGUGGGUGGUCAAGGACGAACAAAGUUAUUUCCAGCACUCAAGGCUCUGAUCCUAGACAAUAUGCCCAACCUUACAGAGUGGAUGGAGGCUGAUGUUACGUCAACAGCAGGUAAUAUGGAAGUGUUUCCCUCCCUUGAAGAGUUGAAGAUAAGGUAUUGUACCCGAUUGACCACUGCUCCCAGCCAUUUCUCUCAUCUUAAAAAAUUAGAGAUCAAGCAUGUUAACCAUGGCUUACCAGUUACAAAAAUUUGCAGUGAAGUGAAGACUCUCAUAAGUCUAGAUAUUGAACGUGUGUGUCAUCUCACUUCUCUUCCGGAUGUGCUAUCACAUAACAAUCAGAAUCUUGAAUUUCUGAAGUUGAAGCACUGUCCUGAUUUAACUCAUAUUGUUCCCGAAUGGGGCUUUGGUGCUUGUCUUCGUGAGUUCCAGAUAUGCAAUUGUGAUAAUCUUAUGGAACUUCCUAAUGACUUGCAUAGCCUCAAAUCUCUUGAAAGACUGGAGAUAGACUCAUGCCCCAAACUCAAGUCCUUUCCAACUCCAAACGGACAGGAAGGUCUUAAGUCCCUUCGGCAUCUGAGGAUAUACAACUGUGGAGGAUUAACCAGUCUGCCUGGUGAAAUGCUUGACUCAUGUACCUGGCUUGAGUCCUUGUGGGUGAAUUACUGCCGCAAUCUUGCAUCCCUUCCCGUUAAUUUGCAUCAUAUGUCUGCUCUCUCAUCCUUGGAAGUAUUCAAAUGUCCGAAAUUGACCAGUUUGCCUGAGGGGCUUUGCUGUCUUAGCAGAUUAAGUGAACUACAGAUUGGUCCAUUUUCGAAUUCUAUGGAUUUUGAUCCUUUUCAAAUCAUCUUCAAUGGCCUUCAUUUACUGUCCUCGUCCCUCCGGGAACUAACUUUAUAUGGCUGGCCUCAUUGGGAUGCUCUGCCCUGUCAACUUCAGCAUCUCACAGCCCUAACGGAGCUACAGAUACAUAAUUUUUCUAUAGAUGCUUUGCCACAUUGGAUUGGGAACCUUGUGUCUCUCGAAGCACUGUGUCUACAUUUUUGUGAAAAACUGCGCUUUUUACCUUCUAUGCGAGACCUUAGCAAAUUGAACAGCCUGUCAAUCCUGUUCUGUCCCUUGCUAGAGGAAAGAUGCACCCCUCAAAUUGGCCCUGACUCCCAGUGGUCCAGGAUUUCCCAUAUUCCUCAUAUUUAUAUAGAUGGAAGAAGAAUCCAGGCCUAG